AUGGGUAAAGCAAGAGCAGCUUUAAUGAUAGCAGUUCGAAGUGAUAUGUUUUCAAAUGAUGAAGAUGAAGUAGAUAGUGAAACAGUAGAAGAAAAUUUGAAUCUUAAAGAACUGAUGAAUUCUUAUAAGCAUAAAAGAAAAGGUCAGUCAAAGGGAACAGAUAGAAUAUGA